AAAGAACACGCUGUCAAGAAAAUAUUUAUGUAGAUGUACAUCUUUCUGAUCAACAUAUCCACUGUACCUUUUAACGAUCUUAUUUUUGCACAUAUCUCAAGCAAUUUGAAAGAAACGGUGAUAACAAAAGUGAUGAAGCUCGAAAUGCCUACACUUCAAGAAGUGCUGGAGGAUAAUGGUGGAAACAAAGAUCUUUUGCUAGAGUUAUUAUGUAAAUUUCGACUGUGGUUAAACCAACAAAUUCAUCUUCCUCAAGAUAUCUCCGACCAACGAUUAAAAUUUUUCAUUUCUACCGUCAAAUUUGAUUUCGAAAAAACCACAAAAUGUUUAGAUAUGCUUUACACUCUUCAUAAUCUUAUUCCUGAAAUUUACGACAAUCUUGAUCCUCUUAGCGAUGAUAUAAAACUAUACAACACAUAUUU